ACCAAGUGCUCACUUCCAGUUUAAUGCGACGACCACUCAUCACGGAAAUUAAUUCAUCACCACCAUUUUUAUUAUUAUUUCACGUCCCUUGGAGUACGGUCCACACUAUGGCACUGCUACAUAUGACUGGAUUUAGUUGGUUCUGCGCCUUGUUCUUUGAGUUGGUCCUCCUGAUUCCUGGUACAGAUGCUCAGUCUUGGAGCUGUGUCACCGCCGAGCAGUGUGCGCUCUCGUUAGAACGAGAUUUUAACGAGACUCUCGCAAAUAAAAAUGAUUCCCAUGUCAUAGAUUUCUGUUUGAAAAAAACAAAGGAGUUCCGAACUGUAUGUUUAAUUGAUGCUGUCAUUAAAUGUGAAUGGGGUGGAAACGAAGCUGAAUACUAUAGACUGCAAAACAUUCAGAAAAGUUUCCAGCUAAAAUGCUCUGAACUUUGUCCAGUGAUGGAAGAAAUUAAAGCGUGUUCGGGUCUAGUGAAGUAUAACCUAUACAUAACGAAGAAAUUUCAAGAAUUCUGCAAUUCAUACAAAGAAAGCGUCAGAUGUAAAGAGAAUGCCUUGAUGGUGGACAGCAAUUGUACUUUUGGCGAAAAACUGUAUGUGCAAGAUUUUGAGGCAGACACUUUACGUGUGUUCAAGUACAUCUGUGACUCCGGUUGUGAAGACAUCGACAGAACCUGGGCUGUGUUGGAGCGAUGUACAUCAACUUACAAUCUGAAUAACGCCGACUCCGGAUGCAAGUAAUGUGUAAUAUUAACA